AUGGCGACGACGUCGAACGAACGAUCGAUCGCCGAGCGCGUGCGAGAGGCGAAGUGCGAGGUGAUCCUGGGCAGCGGCUCGUCGACGCGCCGCGCGGUGUUAUCAUCCAUGGGGAUCGAUCACGUCGUCGUGAAGCCGGAUAUCGACGAGAAGGCGAUACGUCGGGACGAUCCGAAGGCGUUGGUCCGGGCGCUGGCGAUCGCAAAGGCGGACGCGGCGAAGGAAAAGCUCGGGACGAGCGACUUUGGGACGCGGCGUUUGCUGAUCACGUGCGACCAGGUGGUCGUGCAUCGAGGGGAGAUUCGCGAGAAGCCGUCGAGCGAAGACGAGGCGCGCGCGUUCAUUCGCGGGUACGGCGUCGAUCCGCCUUCGACCGUCGGAUCGACCAUGGUGACGGAUCUUUCGACGGGGAAGUCGGCGCUCGCGGUGGACGUGAACACGGUGGUCUUCGACGCGAUUCCGGACGACGUCGUCGACGCGAUAGUCGAAGAGGGUGAAUGCAUGCACUGCGCCGGUGGACUCAUGGUUGAACACGAGCUGGUUCAGCCGUACUUGAGGCGGAUCGACGGCUCGCUCGAUGGCGUCAUGGGUCUCGACGCGAAGACGGUGGAACGUCUGCUCGACGAACUCAUUUAA